GGGAUCAUUGAGUUACUGCUGCACUUUGGUUGGACGUGGGUUGGGCUGCUCGCAGUGGAUAAUGACAGUGGAGAGAAAUUUAUUCAGACGCUGAGACCUCUGCUCUCCCAGAAAGGCAUUUGCUUGGCCUUCUCAGAGACAACCCUGAAAACCACAUAUUUGGCAGAGUUUUAUUAUUUGCAGUCUGACUUAAUUCAAAUCUAUCAUGUUAUUAUGGAAAGUGAAGCCAAGGUUGUUGUUUUCUAUGGAGGAACAAAGCCCAUGAUUCGCUUGCGAAUAAUGCUAGUGCUAGGUGAAAUGGAAAAUAUUAACAAAACAUCUGUGGGCAAGGUGUGGAUUCUGACAGCACAGGUGGAUUUCACAGCAUUGACCUAUCAAAUGAGCAUGGAUAUGCAAGCCUUCCACGGUUCCCUCUCCUUUGCAGUUUAUUCAAAUGUGGUACAAGGAUUCAAAGCCUUUCUUGAAGUCCAAAAUCCUUUUGAGGAAAAUGGAAAUGGCUUUGUCAAGCAGUUCUGGACACAGGUAUUUCUCUGUUUAUUUCCAAACUCCAAUACAGAGGAGCAGGCCAGUGGAACCUGCACUGGAGAGGAGAAGCUGGAAGAUCUCCCUUCAUCUGGCUUUGAGAUGAGCAUAACAAGCCACAGCUACAGCAUCUAUAAUGCUGUCUAUGCCACAGCACAUGCUCUACAUGCCAUGUUCUUGCCCAGGACCAAAUACAGGGCAGCGGUGGAAGGAGGGUUGCAGGAGCUUCAGAAACUGCAGCCUUGGCAGCUCCAUCCCUUCCUUACGAGUGUCUCCUUUAACAACUCUGCUGGGGAAACAGUAUCUUUCAGUGGGAGCAGGGAAGUAGAAGCUGGCUUUGAUAUUGCCAACAUAGUCACUUUUCCAAAUAACUCUUUCAUGAGAGUCAAGGUCGGAAGACUGGGUGGGGAGGCUGUCCCAGGCCAGCUGAUUUCCAUUGAUGACAACAGAAUGGUGUGGCACCAGAGCUUUCACCAGGUGAGGCAUAAUUCCUACAUCCAUGAGACAUGGGAAAAGAGAAUAUCUUUAACAUUACAUUCCAAUAGAUCACGCUCCAUUUGAGAUAUUUGUUCCCCAGAUGGUUAGGUUGAGUACACUUUUUUAAAAGCAUGAAUAGAAAAAUGACUAGUUUGGCUCCGAGUUUGGAAUAAGUAAUUUA